UCGAUGGCUCAACCAGCCGACUCCGGCUACGGAUCCUGACGGAUGCAGAGAGAUUGAAAAUAAUGUCGUCCCGCUCGGACAGUGGGAAAGGGGAGGACUCGUUGGACCGGCUCCUGCCGCCCGCCGGGGCUCCACGCAGGAAAAGCACUACCUCGUUGAGUAAAACAGAGCCUCCUCUGCUCCGCACAGGCACACGCACCAUCUACACCGCUGGCCGCCCUCCAUGGUAUGACGAGCACGGGGCUCAGUCAAAGGAGGCCUUUGUCAUCGGGUUGUGUGGGGGCAGCGCCUCAGGGAAGACCACUGUAGCCAAUAAGAUCAUUGAGGCUCUGGAUGUGCCGUGGGUUGUGCUGUUGUCUAUGGAUUCUUUCUACAAGGUUUUGUCCCCAGAAGAGCAGAUUCUAGCAGCAAAGAACGACUACAACUUUGACCAUCCUGGGGCGUUUGACUUUGAGCUGCUGGUUGCCACCCUGCGGAAGCUGAAGCAGGGCAAGAGUGUGAAGAUCCCGGUGUACGACUUCACCACACACGGGCGACAGAAAGACUGGAAAAAUGUGUACGGUGCCAGUGUUAUCAUUUUUGAAGGAAUUAUGUCUUUUGCGGACAAAGAGCUUCUUCAGCUCCUGGAUAUGAAAAUCUUUGUGGACACAGACUCAGACAUUCGGCUUGUCCGGCGGCUCCGCAGGGACAUCACAGAGCGUGGACGGGACAUCGAAGGCGUCAUUAAGCAGUACAACAAGUUUGUGAAGCCUGCCUUUGAGCAGUACAUCGAGCCGACCAUGAGGCUGGCAGAUAUUGUCGUACCGAGAGGUGGUGGUAAUAUGGUGGCCAUUGAUCUGAUAGUCCAACAUGUCCACAGCCAGCUGGAAGAGCGUGAGCUCAGUGUCAGGGCACUCCUGGCCUCUGCCCAGCAGACACAGCCGCUACCCCAGACACUCAGUGUGCUGGAGAGCACGCCGCAGGUCAGAGGCCUGCACACCAUCAUCAGGAACAAAGAAACCAGCCGAGAUGAGUUCAUCUUCUACUCAAAGAGAUUAAUGCGCCUCCUCAUAGAACAUGCACUAACAUUUCUACCAUCUCAGUCGUGUGUGGUUCAGACUCCACAGGGCUAUGAGUACGAGGGCCGCAGUUACAACGGGAAAGGGAUCACAGGUGUGUCGAUUCUCCGGGCAGGAGAGACCAUGGAGCCCGCUCUGAGGGCCGUGUGCAAGGAUGUCCGCAUCGGCAAGAUCCUCAUCCAGACCAACCUGGACUCAGGAGAACCAGAGCUUCAUUACCUGCGUCUGCCCAAAGACAUCAGUGAAGAUCAUGUCAUCCUAAUGGACAGCACCGUCUCCACCGGCGCUGCUGCCAUGAUGGCAGUGCGAGUCCUGUUGGAUCACGAGGUGCAGGAGGAUAAGAUCAUGUUGGUGUCGCUGCUGAUGGCAGAACUCGGUGUGCACUCUGUGGCCUACGCCUUCCCAAAGGUCAAAAUCAUCACCACUGCUGUGGACAAGAACCUGGACGAUUUCUUACAUGUCAUUCCUGGUAUCGGGGACUUUGGAGACCGGUACUUUGGGACGGACGGUUCAGACAGCUGGAGCGAUGAUGAGGGCCAGGAUCAGCUGUCUUACUGACUCAAACGGCUGUGAGCCUCUGUAAAAAAAAACAAAAACACAACUACUUGAAAACUAGUUACUGUGCAUCCUCCUCUUCAGGCGCAGACUAGCAAAAAUGUGAUUAUUUUCACUUUUGUGUUCAACAGAUGAAAUUUUAUACUCUUAUUGCAGCCAAUGACUCAGUGUAGUUUUGUGCACGAGGGAAAUUUUGUUCUGGCGCAACUCAUUGUUCAUAUUUUCAUACAGCAGGGGUCAUAUGUGUGAAACAGUGCCAUUACUUUUCAGAUGCAAUAUUGCAAUUAAAAAAUUGAAUUAAAUAAUUUAAUGUAGGUCAUGGUUGCACUGGCUGUUUGGAGUUACACUGUGAACACUAAGUGUCUUGAAGAGUAAACUGAAACUCAACAGUAAAAACAGGGCGUCAUCUUCAACAUGUUGUGUGAGCAUGAAAGCAGUAGAUAAAUGACACAGCUGAGGCUGAUGGACAUGUCUUUUUAUGAAUAAUAAAUCUAAGACAUUUUCAUAGAGGAUGUGAAAAAGUUAAAGCUAAAAUUCAUCCUCAUCAGCGUCCACAUAGAAUUCAUCCAAAAGCUGCUGAGUCUCUGCUAAAGGCAUCUCACUGUGUUAAAAACAGUGAUCCAGCUCUGCACUGACAUUUACACCCGUCCACCAAGUUUCAGGAAAUUCAGUUUGAUAGUUUUUGUUUAAUCUUGCUGACAGAAAACAUACGUCUACCUCACAUUUCACUUGGCAGAUUUCAUCUUCUGGAGGAUAAAAGGAUCAAAGCGAAGAGGAAGUUAUUAUUCAGCCUGUGUGAAAAGCUAAGUGGCUAAACGUUAUAGUGGAGCAGUGUUUUCUUUUCUUCUUUUUUUUUAGGUUAUUCUAUAUGUGAAUGCAAGAUGAUUCUAAAUGUGUUUUCAAAUGAAAACUUUACAGAGUGAAGUCCUUUAAUUCCUUAAAUUCAGACUUUCAUCAUCUGAUGGAUUAUUGUUUUUUCUGUUUUGUUUUUUUUUAUCACAAACAUCUACUCAGGUAACAUAAUACAGUUUAGCUGAACUGAACUACAAUCCCACAGGAAACUAGUUUAAUGAUUAAUUAAAUGUUUCCAUACUUUUUAGCUCUUAAAGCCCAGUCAGCCUUUAUAAGAGCUAAAAAGAAAUACAGAUGUAAUUACCUACUAUAAAAAUAUAACAGGAUGAUAGUAUUCAUUUUCAACUGUUGCUCAAAGUUUAGACCCCAGUGUUCACAAGACUAAAAGUGUACUUUAGUGCAAAUAUUAAUGUUUAGAAAAUAUUUUUAUUGAUGAUUUUUUUAUGUAAUCAAUGCUUCUGUAGAAUCAUUGCUAGCUUGGUGUUAUCCUGUCAAAUGGGGAAAAAAGAAAACAGGUGACUAUAAAAAUUUCACAUUUC